AUGAGCGCCACCUCCGUGCUGGUUGGGGCGGUGGCCUCACACGUGUUCAACAGACAGGAAAAUAUGGAGGACAGCGAUGGGGCACCCUAUCUGCCCCCGGUCUGCAGCCUCCCAGUUCUCCGACUACUGCAGCCGAUGCUGGACGGCGAGGAGGACCCUCUUGAUGCCGACUUGGAGGAGCCCGGUUCACCAGCUGGGCCUGCCUCAGACGUCGGUGCACCACUGUCACCAGCGGCUGCCUGCAUCGCUGAUAGACCUGCAGCAGCCCCAGCAGCUUGCCUGAUUAGCCAGACAUCUACUGCAGGGUCACCAGCUCCUACACCUGCGGCUGCUGCAGCGUGCAACAGUGGUAGUGCGGCAGCAGCUGUGGGCAGUGGUGCCCGCCAGGUCGGAGGACGUAUGGCGCUGCUGGAAAGGAGCCUCGCAGAGGAAAACGAUAUGAGGAUGGCCUUUGUCCAGCAGGAGCAUGCCCUGCGCUGCAACUUCCUUGAACAGGACCACCGCGACGCACUCAGCAAGAGAGCUGCGCUGCAUGAAAUGGAAAUUAAAUUGCGCGAGGACGAGCUGAAAAAAAGAAAUGCCAUUCACGAAAUGGAGAUGAAGCUCCUGUGUAUCAAGGAAAACAUACUGCUGCAGGAGCUGAGCCAGAAGGCUGCACAAUAAAUCAUGUUCAAACUGCUAUGCCUGCUUUACUGAUGGUUCACUUUUAAAGUCAAACUGAAGUAUCACACACUUGGAAGUACGA